AUGUCGUCAGCCAAACUUGCCAGUGGCUCAUCGCCAUACAAGGAACAUGAUCUGUCGCAAUUUCCGUCGUUCCUGAAAGGAAAGCGCAUCCUUCUCUGCACCGAAUCUUUUGGUCCCGUUAACGGCGUGAGUCGUACGACUCUCAUGCUAGUGAACCACCUGCGAAAUAACGGCGCGCAAGUGGCCGUGGUUGCGCCUCACAAUCACACAAACCACAACACCUUCUCGCCGCCUCCAUCACCAAAUCUGUCGCCUGCGGACAAGCAGCCUGAAGUUCGAGUAACAGGGUAUCCGUUACCGUUCAACCCGGAACUUUCAAUUGUUUACCCCGUGCGAAACUCAACCCUAUACUCGCGGACCUUUGGCGAUGACUCGCCACCUGACUUGGUUUACUUGGCGUCGCCGGCGAGCUUAGGAUUCCAGGUCAUGCUUCAGUUGCGCCAACAGCCGCGAGAGAAGCAAAUUCCUGUCAUUUGCAACUUUCAGACUGACCUCGCUGGCUACUGUGCGAUUCUCUUCCCCUCACCUUUGAGUCACAUCGCUGUCUUCGCAUUCGACGCUGUGCAAAGUUAUCUUUUCCGACACUCAUCGGUCAAGACCAUAUUUUACCCUUCGAGAUUUGUGCGGCGUUACCUCGCCAAUAAUAAAGUACAACCGGAAAAGCUCGAACUUCUUACUAGGGGCGUAAACACCGACAUGUUCAACCCCCAGCGUCGAAGCGAAGAGUUGCGCAAAAAGCUUGCACCGAAUGGAGAGGUUAUCUUCGUGACGGUCUCACGGAUUGCGGGAGAGAAAGGAUUUGAUUUCCUUGCCAAAGCCGCCAAAGAGCUUGACGCUCGGGGGCUGAACUACAAGCUUUACAUUGUGGGCGGCAACAGAAACCCAGAUGUUGAGAAAGAAGUGCAAGAGCUGUUUGACCCUCUCAGAGAACAAGGCAAGGUCAUCUUUGCAGGAUUCAAAGUCGGAGAGGAUCUGGCAACUGCAUAUGCAUGUGGCGAUGUCUUCUUGCACUGCUCCAUCACAGAAACGUUUGGUCUCGUGGUUCUAGAGUCCAUGGCCAGCGGCGUUCCCGUAAUAGCCCGCGAUGAAGGUGGUCCGUCGGACAUUGUUCAGCAUGGUGACACUGGUUUCUUAAUACCGCCGAAUGAUAUGGAUGCCUUUGUGACCAAGGCUGCCAAGCUUGCAAAUGACGUGACUCUGCGGAAGCGAAUGGGACUCGCAGCCAGAGAAGCUGCCUGCCAAGCGACGUGGGACAAGAUCAACAACAAGGUAGCCUGGAGAAUGGCUGAUACUAUCCAAGAGCGCGAGCGCGAACAAGGCAAACAGUUGCCUUCAUCUCCCACUCUGUCACCUACCGCACAGCAGCUGGUACCCAUUUAUGGCUGGUUAAUGAUGAAUAAUGCGAUGCGCGAGACCAUGACACGCAGCAUCAUCGAUGCCCGGCUUAUGGGUGGUCUUGGCAUAAUCAUCACUUUCUGGGCCGUCACGGGCUGUUAUGUGAUUUUCACAGAGAUUCUCAUGUGGGCUAAGGGUCGCAUGAGGGCAGGAGAGCGCAAAGUCCUGGGCACGACGAGUUGA